AUGAAGCAAUUCGUCCCCAGUAGACAAAUUGCGGAAAGCAUCAGAAGACAGAAGGCUUUUACUCAGUUCAGUCUGCAAAGCUGGGUGGGCUUCUUUCUGGCCGGAUUGUUCCAGACAAACAUUGAAGCCUUGGCUUUUCUGGCCCCAAGUCAGUCUGAGACAUUCAGGCGUGGUGGAGUCUCGCUCUGCUCUGGGGUCUGUUACUUGUACUCCGUAUGGGGUCGUGGGAUGGUUCGAGAGCUGCGAAAAAGCGCUCAGCCAAAGACGGCCGAACCACCGUGCACGCACUAUCUGGGGACAGAAUUAACAGACAAUAACACGAUACGAGGUGCACAGUGGGCAAAGUUGUCAAUACGAUUACGCAGUUUGCAGCUCUUUGCAAAGGCUCGAACCGCAGAUUGGAAUUGCGCCGAGUUCUCCCAUGACCCGUCCAAAAAGAACAUCGAGUACGGCGCCAUCCCGUCCACACAACAGUCAACGUGGUUCCUCCCCCAUGCCCGGAUCGACGGCUAG